UGGGGAGUUCACAAUAACAGCUGGCAUUGAAUGACAGUCACUGGGAGAGAGAGGGAGAGAGAGGCAUCUACACUGUGCGACGCAGCGAUCGAUACGAGAGACUACACCGGAGUUAACCCAACGUGCAGAGAGUAGACCCUUGUCCACAUCAGCUCGCCACCAUGGGGAUAUCACCGUCCAGUCUCCUGGAUGAAAGUAAAUCCAACUACAUAAGAGGUUGUGCGGAGGCAGAGCUGAAGGAGUUCAGUCCCCACUACAGGAGACAGUACUCUGUGGUCUUCUUCUCCCAAGUCCAGGAUGAGCUGGAGCAACAGAAAGAGAAAAUAAAACAGCUCCUCAAACAGAGGGGUCCUCCGAAGGCAGGGGAGGUGCUGUAUGAGGAACAGGUCCUCCAUUUUGAUUAUACCCGGAAGUGGAAGGAGAGAUACAUGGUGGUUCGCGCCAACUACUGCCUGGAGUGUCACGACAGCUUUGAGACCUUUGUGAAGGGUGUGCCCCCGCUCCACAAGCUGCUACCAACAGGAGGCACUGUGCUCACCUCAGAGGAGAAGUACAUGGCCAUGGUGGACCAAUGCUUCCCUGUUUCUGAAACCAACAAUGUGAAGGAGGAGUUUGCCCCUCCUACAAUCGGCAUGCCUGGACAGUUCCCUGUGUACCUCAGGCUUCCGUACCGUAGAGAUUACUACUUCUGCUUCCGACAGGAGGCUCGUCAAGAUGCUUUCCUCUCCAUCCUCUCUGACUGCAUCCGUCACCAGAACCAAGACUUCCUAAAGAAGAAGACGGUUGAGGUGCAGGCCUUCCUCAAGGCGGUCCACCUCUACAGACAAGAGAAGGGCCGUUAUGACUCCUGGAACAUGCUGAUUGGCAGUGAUGUCAGGGUACUUGCCAACUUGGUUAUGGAGGAGCUGUUGCCGUCUCUGGAGAAGGAUAUGCUGCCUCAUCUGAAAGCCAAGAAGACAGAGAGGAAGAGGGUGUGGUUCGCUACAAUAGAAGCAGCUUAUAUCCUGGUGCAGGAGUGUCUGUUGGAGGGGCUGUCUGUUCUGAAGGAGGAGUGUAAGACGGCAGCUUGCCAGCAGGAGGUGCUGAUACGUUCUGAUAUGGACUUGAUCCUUCACUCUAGAACCUACCUGGAGGGAAAGCUUCGAGCCAGUGUAUCAGAGCCAGCAGAGAAGUUCUGUUCGGAGGGCGUGCAGCCCUACCUGGCCUCCAUACUGGAGGAGCUCAUGGGACCAAUCAGCUCAGGGUUCCAGGAGGCACGGCUCCUAAGUGACAACCAGAUGGACCAACUGUGUCAGGACUUCCAGGAGGGCGGUGUUACCGACAAACUCAAACAGGCCCUGGCUAAGCUGAGUAAGCCCAACCUGUUGAGUUGUUACCAGAGGAUCAACUCUCUCCAUGACCAGCUGCAUGACCUGCAGGAACGUUUUGGCUUCUCCAACAUCAGCAAUCUGGUCCACAGCACCCAGAUAGACCUGCAGCAGCUGAUUGAAAACGCAGCGUACUCCUUUGAGCUGCUACUCUACAAGGCCAAAGAAAACAGCACAGACAAUGUAGGCUCUGCCAUGGAGAAGUCCAGGCACAUGGUGCUCAAGCAAUAUGAUUACGACAGCAGCACAGUGAGGAAGAGGAUCUUUCAGGAGGCCUUGGUGGGGAUCACUCUACCUCAUAUUAAGAAGAACCUGGCCCCAACCUGCAAAUCAGAUCUGCAGGGUCUUGAACAGUUCAUUGAUGCAGACUAUUCCAACUUCGUCCAUGUGGAGAAUAUCUAUGAGGACAUUCUGCUGCAGAGUCUGGGCAAGGAAGUCAGCAAAGUGGUGAAGGACGCAGCCAGCCUAAAGAAACACAACCUGUUCACAGACAGCAGGGACCCCCUGAGCCAGACCAGCCGCUCCAGUCUCCUCUCCAUCCCAUCCACCCCCAGCAGCCCAGCCAGGGUGCCGUUCUCCCCCACACAUCUCCAGACCUCUACCUUCAUCCAGACCCAACCUGAGACCCAGCCACAGGCUGAGGUACCAGCACCAGCUAAGCCUGUCUCUCCUGACCUGAGCAACGGUCUGGCGCUCGUUGGGGGGGCACAGGGGGACCCCCCAAGUGCCGUGUUGAAGGCAGAACAGAACAAGGCGGAGGCGGUGUCAGGGGCCACAUUAGAGAUUGAGGCCCUGGGGGCCAGUAUUGCACCUCAUGUUGCAGCUCCAGUGGAGAAGCUAGUCAAGGUGGAGAACACAGUCAGUACACAUGAGACACCUGUAGUGGCUGAGACAAAAACGGAGGACAUGUCUGAACCAACUGAGACAGCUCAAGUGGAUACCCCUGUCCUAACUGAGACAGAUACAGAGAAAAUGCCCACCCCUGAAGAUGCUGUGGAGGUGGAGAAGACAGUAGUAACAGGCAUACUAACUACAGUAGCACAAAGCGAAGCCCCUUCUCCCAGUCCGGUCCCUGACCCUUCCCCUGUCCCUGUUUGUGUUGUCAAGCCUGUAGCUGUCAUUGACCCUAUAGCUGUUGAAGACUCAGUAGCAGAGCACAUGGCUUCACUCACAAUCACCACUACUGAGACAGAGGCUGAGACAGAGGCUGAGAGUGAAAGCGGUCCUCCUAACAGUGACCCAGUAGCGGCCUCUAGUGGCGAGCAGCCUGUAACUGCGCCACCAGCAGACGCCAGCCUUGCUGCAGCAGCAGAGACCAAGGAUGUGCCAGCCUCAUCCUCCGCUAUCCCAGAUGAUGGGGAUGAUACAGAGAGCGAGUCUGCCCCCUCCGACAUCGAGAUCCCUGGUGAUGAUGGUGUCACGAGAGCAGCAGCCCCCACUGAUAAGGUCAAAGUGUCACAGAGCAAUGGAGUGGAGUGUAGCAUUUCUGUGACCUCUAACCUUGCAGUAGAGGUCUGCAUGAGUGAAACACCAGUCGGUAUCGCCACCAAUCCCCCUGUAGAAGUAUCAGAGGGUAACCCCGUUCCCCCUAGCGACGCCCCGGUCUCUGAAGCAACAGGAGGCGUUAACGGAGAAGCUAGCGUUGAAGUCACUGCUGGUGCUUAUUCCACCGUAGCAUCAGCAACCAAUUUGAAUGUAGUCCCUCCACAGCCCCAGCCAGACUCCCAGGCCACCGUCGCUGCUGAACCCACCAAAGAAGCCCUCCAGGCUGUGGAGCCCGCUGAGCCUGCUCCCCAGGCCAUGGACUGUGUGAAAGAGAUCCGGGACCUGGUGGUGGCGGUGUUUGAAGUGGAGGAGGUAAUCCAGCGCUACCCAUAUGAGGGAGGGGUGGCCAGUGAGGUGCCUGAUAUCACACAGAGAAUAAAUGAAGACAAGGACCCCAUUCUUUAAAUCACUGCAAUUGUGAGCAGUAUGAAAAUGUUAUAGACGAUAACCUCGCUGUUGUCGAACCCAAACACUAUAUUGACUGAGGUUACCCUCACCAUCAAGUACAAACAUUGAACUGUUACACAAGCAUAAAACUGCACGCUUCCAUAAAAUCUCAGUGGUAAAAUAUGAAUAUAUACAAUUGUGUUUAUGAGAAGAUUAAUGUAGUGAGAUAUGGGCAUAAAUAGAAUAUCAAGUUAGGGACCAAGAAAAAGCCAAUUAAUUUGGUACACAUCAAAUUGACUAUUGCAAUUGUGUGUAACUAUCUCCACUUGUCAUUGUGUUUAAACAAAUCUAUGUCCCUACAUAUGAAUAUGCAUAGAUUCAAGAUGAUUCAGACACCGUUUGUGUUACAUUUUAAAGUCAACAGCACUGCCAUAUAUUGAAUGGGUCUGAGUAACAAUGGGAGGGUUCUACAUAUGGAGGAAGAUGUUCUGUUCUGUGUGCUUUGACUUGAAGGAUUUUUCUCAUCAGUUAAUAUAGAGUUAUGCAUGCUCAUACUCAAUCACCAGCUAGUCCACCAAGAUACCAGUAAGAUACCACUAGAUGAGGUUCUACGGUUCUUCCCUCGUGUCUACUGCAUGCUCAUACUCAAUCACCAGCUAGUCCACCAAGAUACCAGUAAGAUACCACUAGAUGAGGUUCUACAGUUCUUUCCUCGUGUCUACUGCAUGCUCAUACUCAAUCACCAGCUAGUCCACCAAGAUACCAGUAAGAUACCACUAGAUGAGGUUCUACGGUUCUUCCCUCGUGUCUACUGCAUGCUCAUACUCAAUCACCAGCUAGUCCACCAAGAUACCAGUAAGAUACCACUAGAUGAGGUUCUACGGUUCUUCCCUCGUGUCUACUGCAUGCUCAUACUCAAUCACCAGCUAGUCCACCAAGAUACCAGUAAGGAACCACUAGAUGAGGUUCUACGGUUCUUUCCUCGUGUCUACUGCAUGCUCAUACUCAAUCACCAGCUAGUCCACCAAGAUACCAGUAAGAUACCACUAGAUGAGGUUCUACGGUUCUUCCCUCGUGUCUACUGCAUGCUCAUACUCAAUCACCAGCUAGUCCACCAAGAUACCAGUAAGAUACCACUAGAUGAGGUUCUACGGUUCUUCCCUCGUGUCUACUGCAUGCUCAUACUCAAUCACCAGCUAGUCCACCAAGAUACCAGUAAGAUACCACUAGAUGAGGUUCUACGGUUCUUCCCUCGUGUCUACUGCAUGCUCAUACUCAAUCACCAGCUAGUCCACCAAGAUACCAGUAAGAUACCACUAGAUGAGGUUCUACGGUUCUUCCCUCGUGUCUACUGCAUGCUCAUACUCAAUCACCAGCUAGUCCACCAAGAUACCAGUAAGAUACCACUAGAUGAGGUUCUACGGUUCUUUCCUCGUGUCUACUGCCUUGUUUCCAUGAAGAAUGAUUACCACCUAUUUCCAAUAGAUGUGGUUGCUAUGGAGACUGGUCCAGUGACUUUAUUCCUGAAUGACUAAUAGCCGUGUUGAAACAGUGCCUGUGUUUUCAUACAUGACAUGUUACACAGUCAUUUUGUGAAGGGGCUAUGCGGAUUUGUGUAUGUAUAGUCAAGUCUGAAAAAUAUACUGUAAAAUAAAGUAUGAAGUCUACAAAAACAA